AGGGUCGAUGAAAAUGAUGAGGAAAGUUCCCAACGACAGGAAGCUGAUGUUCAGAGACAUGAUCAGAGAAGACGCCAAGCCAAAGAAAUGAAUUAUCAGAUUGCGCUAAUUGAUAAAGGCAAUGAAAUGAAUGUGCCUGUUCACAAACUUGGCAAAAUGAAUGUUAAAUGUCAAUUUUGUAAAUCAUUGAAUUUUGCGUGUGAAAAGCCCAAAGAUGGAAAAUUUACAUAUUGCUGUCAAAAGGGCAAGCUUAUAUUAAAGCCCAUAAAUUUGCCUGAUUUUCUUAAGAAAUUAUACAUGGGAAAUGAUAGUUUAUCAAAGAAUUUCCUUGAUAAUAUUCGAUCCUAUAACAGCGCUUUAGCUAUGGUUUCAAUGGGUGCACCUAGCAAUAGGAAUCCAAUGGAUGUUGUGAACCUUGCUCCUUAUUGCUUAAAGAUUCAUGGGCAAUAUCAUCAUUUUAUAUCUACGGCAAUGCGCCCAGGAGAUGGGCAAGCCCCGCGUUAUGCACAGCUUUAUUUUUUGGAUACAGAAGAAGCUGUUAAUUAUAGAAUGAAUAACGAAGCCAAUCAGGGGUGUGAUCAAGAACUGAUAAAAGAUCUGUCAGUAUUCAUGGUCAAAAACAAUGAACUUGCAAAGACAUUUAGGACGAUGCGUGAGGUUGAAAGAGAUCUAAAUCCGAGAGGCACUGAGGUUCCAAACUUAAUGUUGUGCUUUCGAAAUGAUCCAAAACAAGAUCAAAGAAGAUACAAUGCUCCACGAGCUAAUGAAAUAGCUGUGGUUUUUCAGAAUGUAGAUGGGCUAAUGGAUCAUCUUCAUAAUAGAGCAGAAAAUGAAGGAAUUACACCUGGUAUACCUGUAAUAUUACCAUCCUCAUUUAUGGGCAGUCCAAGAAAUAUGCAAGAAAGAUACCAAGAUGCUAUGUCUUUGGUUAGAAAGUUUGGUAAACCAGAUAUUUUUCUAACAAUGACAUGCAAUCCUCAAUGCCCUGAAAUUAAGGAGAACCUUGAUGGAUGCCAAGUAGAGUAUCGACCUGAUUUAGUCGCUAAAAUAUUCAGCUUGGACGUCAAAGAGGUUAUGAGGGAGUUGAUCCAAAAUAGAAUUUUUGGAAAUAUAAUAGUCUAUGCAGGCGUGAUUGAGUUCCAAAAAAGAGGACUUCCACAUAUGCAUUUACUUGCAAUGUUGAGUGAGGAAGAGAAGCCUCGACUUCAAGGAGUAAUUGAUAUGAUGGUAUGGGUUGAAAUCCCGGACGAAGAAAGAUAUACAGAACUUAAUGCAAAAGUUCUGAGGCACAUGAUUCAUGGACCAUGUGGUGAUCUUUCAGGGAGAUAUUCUUGCACUGGGAACGAUGGAAAAUGCACAAAGGGCUUUCCAAAAGAGUUUCGAGACGAAACAAAUGCUAAUGUGAAUGGAUAUCCCAUGUAUCAACGAAGGAAUACUGGGAAAAAAUACAUUGUCAGAGGAAAAGAAAUUGACAAUCGAUGGGUAGUGCCAUAUUCGCCAUAUAUAAUUAUGAGAUAUGAUCGGCACAUCAAUUUGGAAAUAUGCUCAUCAGUGAAGAGCGUAAAAUACUUAUACAAGUACAUUCACAAAGGAUUUGACUGUGCUGCAAUUGAAGUGAAAGCACGAGAUGGCACAAUGUUCAUUAAAGUAGAUGAAGUUAAUUCAUUCAUGGAUGCAAGAUAUGUUAGUGCUCCAGAAGCAAUGUGGAGAUUGAAUGGAUACAAUCUGUUCAUGAAGUCUCACACAGUAAUAAGACUGGCAGUUCAUUUGCCUAAUCGCCAAAUGGUUUAUUUCCGAGCCGGAAAUGAAGAGCAAGCUGCUGAAAGAGAGCUUAACCGAGAUACUACAUUGAUUGCAUGGUUUAAAUUGAAUCAAUAUGAUGAAAAUGCGAGGAAAUUUCUUUACACAGAAAUACCUUCUCAUUAUGUUUAUGAAAAAAAGGAAACUAAUUGGAAGCUACGCCAAAAAGGUAUUAACAAAAUAAUUUCAAGGCUAUACACAGUGAGUAUCAGAGACACUGAAAGAUUUUAUCUGCGUCUACUACUCCUUAAUGUGACUGGAGCUAAAUGUUAUGAGGAUCUGAGAACUGUCAAUGGAGUUAUGUAUGAUACAUUCAAGGAUGCAGCAAUUGCAAAGGAUUUGGUAGAAACUGAUGAUCUUUGGGACAAAACGCUGGAAGAAGCGACAGGAUCCAAAAUGCCUGCACAGAUUCGAGAGGUAUUUGCCUACAUUUGCAUUUUUGGAACUCCAACAGAUGUACCAACACUUUGGAAUAGAUACAAAGAGUUAAUGAUUGAGGACUAUAUACACAACAAUGUUGGCGAUCCUGAAAAUAUGGCUUUGAUUUAUAUAGAGGAAAUUCUGAAAAUUAAUGGAAGCAGCUGUGUAAAUUUUCAAUUGCCAAAUCCAUAUCCGGUAAAUAUUUACAUGACAGAAUAUAAUGUGGAAGAGAAAAGGCAACGUGGUAACGAUUUAUUAUCAACACUAAAUGAGGAACAAAAAAAAGUGUAUGAUUUAGUCAUGAGAGCAAUUGACAAUGAGAAUGAACCUCAGAGAUUAUUUUGUAUUGAUGGGUUUGCUGGUAGUGGUAAAACGUACCUGUUUAACACAUUACUGAGAUUAAUCCGAGGAAGAAAAGAGGUGGUUCUUCCAUGUGCAUCAACUGGCAUUGCUGCCACACUUCUAAAGGGAGGAAGAACCUAUCACUCACUGUUCAAGUUGUCCAUCCCAAUUGAUGAAGGUGCAAAAUCUAAUAUUAGAGAAAACUCUAUAGCUGCGCGAGAACUGAUUGCUGCAAAACUCAUUAUAUGGGAUGAGGUGAGUAUGACUGUAGGACAUGCCCUAGGAGCAGUUGAUAAACUACUAAGGGAUCUAAUGAAGAAUCCAAGUUUAUUUGGAGGAAAAGUUAUUUUAUUUGGAGGAGAUUUCAGACAAAAUCUCCCUGUAGUGCCUCAUGCACAAAAAGCAGCGAUAAUUGAGUCGACUGUUAAAUAUCAUACUAUAUGGAGAAAUGCAAUUCAAGUUAAACUAAAGCAAAAUAUGAGAACUGGAGAUGAAAGAGAAUUUGCAAAUUGGUUGUUGCAACGCGAUGAGAUUUUUGGAGAUAGAAUCACUAUGGAACAGGUUCGACAAAAUCAAGAUCGAGCAAUUCUUUGUCCUAAGAAUGAGGAUACGUUUAAAAUAAAUGACGAAAUCCUUCGUUUAAUGGAAGGAGAUGAAAAGGAGUAUCUCUCAAUUGACUCUAUUAUGAGUGAUGAUCCACAGGAACAAUUGAAUUUUCCGACUGAGUUUUUAAACUCUUUGACACCCUCUGGAAUGCCAGUUCAUCGACUAAAAAUAAAAAUAGGCGCUAGUCGCCAAGCAUCAGGCGCUCCGCCACCUCCAGGCGCUAGUCGCCAAAAACCGACACCACAGGGCGCUGGCCGCCAGGAACCAGACAUCCUCCGAGCUCCCGAAGAAGACACCUUUUUGCCGACCAAGAGGACUCGUCCUGGAACGCCGGAGAUCCUCGAGGGAAUUGAGGAAUUCCUGGACUUCCCAGACCUUCUCUCUCCACUACCAUUGGACAGUGGCAGGCAGGAAAAUCAGAAGCAGAAAUUGCUGAUGAUAUUCCCUGCUCUCAGAAUAGUCCGCAAAUGGAUACAGCGAUUUGCUGAAGGUGGUGAUCAUGUGUUGCAUGAUUAUCGCAAGCAUAAUCGCCGACCACGCAGGACGACGCAGCAACAAGACUGGGAAAAUGUCUGGGCACAAAUGGUUCUACGCUGGGAACAAAGAAGGGAGAGAACGGUAGCAGCGUUAGUCGAGCAUGCGAAAGAAGCCUAA